AAUGGAGAUAGCUAUAAAAAAAUGUAUACCAGAAAUUCAGGUAAUUUUGUUAUUGGGAUUUAGUCUACUUUGAUUAAAAUGGAAAAUUCACUUGAUCAAAUAAUUCAUGAAAUGGAAGCGAAGGGGUAAAAAAAAUUUUCAAACAAAUAAGAUUAAAUUGAUACUUAAACAAAUAUCAUUUGUUUUACAAAUUAAAUCAAUUUAUGUAGUGAUGAUUUCAGUCAUUCUCUAACAUUAGCUAUGGAGAAAACUAUCAACAGUCAAUUAAAAAUUAUGGAAGAAUUUACAAAUUAAGAGCUUAUUAGAUAAUAGCAUUAAUUAGAAGACAAAAUUAACAAAAAUAAGGAUGAAGAAUUUAAAUUACUCUAAUAACAGUAUGAUUAAUUGAAUAAAGUAUAUAAAGAAGAAAAGUCUUAGAAUUAAUAAUUGCAAGAGUCGAUAAAUAAAAUGGAAUAAUAAUUAAAAAGUAAUAAAUCUACCAUUCAACUACACCUAUUGGCGCAAACUGAUUAAUUAAAAAUCCUUUCUUAAUAGGAAUAAAAUUUAAAAAAUGAAAGUAGCAAAUUGUAUAAUGAAAUUCGAUUACUCAAAAAAACUCAAACUUAAUAAGAGGAAUGGAUUGAAAAAUUGAAACAAAACCAUAAACAAGAGAAGCAUGAAUUAGAAGAAAAAUUGAAGAAUUUAGAUAUUCUUCUACAUAAAUAAAUUAAGAAUAAUGUUUUUAAUUACAAUAAAUAAUUGGAAGAUUUGCUAAAUAAAAUUGAUAAAAUAAAUAAAACUAUUUAAGCUCUAAAUAAUGAAUAAAAAACCAUUACAUAUGAAAAAAUCAUAACCGAAAAUUUAAAUCCAGGAGAAUAUGUUUCUAAUUGCAUAGUUUGCAAACAAACUUGCCAUUACCCAUGCGGUAUUAGUGAAGAAUCUGAAAAAGCAAAUUGUGAUGCAAUGCAGGAUGGCAUUUGUACAAAAUGUCCAAAGAAAUGUGAUUGGAAGGCUCAUAAAUCUGAUAGUUUUCGAUAUCUACCCGAAUACAUAAUUAAAGAAAUUAUAUCCACAAAUGAUUCCAAAAUUGAAUAAAUAAAAAAACAAUAGGAAAAAGAUAAAAACAUUAAAUUCAAAAGCAAAUAAUUAAUAAAAUAGUUAAUAAUAUAGUUUAAAAACCUAAAUUACAUUCCUGAAAAAAUGACUGAAAUCGAUUAUAUUGUCAAGAUGAUAGAUGAAUAUUCUAUUGGAAACGAAGGGAAAAAAUAAGCUUUAAAUGCAAUAAUAAAGGAAUGGAAUGAGAUAUGAUAAAAUAAAAACUAUAAUACUUAUCCAAUUAAUCAAGUUUUUUUUCUUAUUGGAAUUUCAACUAUUCAGAAUAAAAAUUAUUAAUUCAUGCAAUUUACAAUUCAAUUAUUAAUCUUAGCUUACAUAGAUUG